CACAAUGUUUUGCAAAGAUUAGGACUAUUCUCAUGGAUCGGAGGCGUCUUUAGUGUCGCAUAUCACGCAUCGAUCGCCUUGUAGCAAGAACGUGGGCAGAAGCACGGUUUUCGAACGCCGACCAACCACGAAAUCAUCAUUACCGCCAGCACUCAACGUGGUUUGCCUGAACAGCUUGUGAUCAAGUCGAUCCAGACUACACGCAAGGAUGGCAGACGAGUCAUCAACGCAGUACGUGCAUAAUGUCAUCUGUCAAUGAGAAACACUGGUUGAUCGAUGGGAGGCCCAUCACCAGUUCAACCCAAAAGAAGAAGGCAUGCACAGAAUGCAGACAGCAGAAGGCCAAAUGUGAUGCUUACUUGAACCCGAAUGAUGCUUGUUCAAGGUGCAAAAGAUUGGGAAUACAAUGCACCAUCUCCGCCCCAUUCAGGAGAGAGAAUAAACGCCAGAGACUGUCUGAACUCGAAAAAGAAACAGACACGCUUCGGAAGCGGCUUAUGACCGAGGACUAUCAGCCUACUAUUCCAACUCCUACGCGAACAGGGCGUGACAACAAUCCCAUCACGCUGUCUCAUGAAACGCCAAGCACAGCGAGAUACCAUACUCCUCAGCCCUUACCUACUGAGAUUCGUGAACCAGUCUCCUUUCCUGAGCCAUCGCAUGCAAACAAUGGGACAUUCGGACGCCAAGCGCCAACGACAACCCCUCGAACUCUGGACGGAGUAACUGUGUCCGCCAAUGACAUUAACAACAUUUUUGAGUUGUUCUUUCAUGAAUAUUCGCCCUUCCUUCCGAUCCUUGACUACAGAUUAUCCCCGGAUGCGUGCUACCAACAGUCUCCCUUGUUGUUUUGGUCAAUCAUUGGAACUGCUUGCAGAAGCUACUCUCGGAAUCCGACUUUGCUAGGCGCUCUGACGAAAGGUAUCAUAACUUCAGCACUACCGUCUGUGACUGUUACCGGGUCGCCUCUUCAUCGUGUCCAAGCCUUUCUACUCCUAGUCACAUGGCCUUUACCCGAUGCUGUCGAGACCAAUCAACAAGAGACCAACUAUGUCUUGGCUGGUCUCUUAUUACAUCUAGCUCAAAGGAGUGGUCUACAUGUACCCGCCGGAUCUGACGAAUUCUUCAGAGCCAAGGCGCCUAAUCUGCCAGACAUCGGCAUAGUUGGACGCUCAGAACUAUGGACACAGAUCGUGUUGACUUAUCAAAGGACCUGUUUGUGCAAAGGCUUCUUUGCCUGCACCUCUGCCGAAUUCUCUCCUGAGAUGGACCAGUUCCAGGCUCGUCAACAGACGUUGCCCGCAGGUCUCAUACUACGUCUCAAAUGGCAAGAUCUAUGCGUUCGAUGUGGUGCUGCUAUCUCGGAAAAUGGAAUGCGUAAUAUGACACAGGAUCAAGAUCGUGCUCUUUCGAUCAUUAUAAGGACUUUUGAAGCUCAGAUCAGGGACCUGGAGAAGACGGCUGUAAAUGAUUCCGACCGACUAGAAUGCAACAUCGCUAGACUUUAUGUCAGAAGCUUCUACUUCUUGAAACAGGACAAGACUUCGUUUGCCUCUAGCUUCGAUAAGAUACAGGAGAUCGCACGUCAGAUCAUCGCCGACGUUGAGAAACUCGUGCACCAAACAUCGAAUCCAGUCUCGAUACCCUACUAUAUUGCCUCCGCGCUUCUCUUCGCUUCUUAUGCGCUUCUACGUAUUCUCAAGUCAACCAUUCCUUUUCUGUCAGGCGAAACAGAGGAAGCAAGGACGGCAUUUUUUCUUGCGAUUGGUCUGACCAAACGAUUGUCCAUCGACACUAACGACAUGUGCUCAAAAUCGGUCAUGUACCUCACACAACUGUGGAACAGCUCAAAGGCUUUCAAAAGGGCCGAUGGGACUGACCAGUUGGUUCUGAGAGCAAGAAGCAGGCUGAGUAACAGUCACGUUGUCGAUGCCAUCAUAUGGUGGAGGGAAGAGUUCGACCCGCACUUCAAAGCACAGAUGCGGACGUUAAAGAAUAGCGCACUCGAUCUCACAGAUCCCUCUGGGUCGAGCGCUCAGUCUAAUGAUGCAGCUCCGGACAUGCAACAGCAGCCCAUCAUGGAUUUUGGUGACAACUCCAUAUUCGAUUUCGAUUACUUCAUGGGCGCAGAUCUACCUUUUUCACAAGAUCUCUUCAAUUUCCCAGGCCUGGAUAACGCCGGCUCGAACGACACGUGAGCCCGAGACGCCCACAACCUAUCAAACCCCCUCAAUCAAGCUUUUCCAUCCACGCUAUAGCCCAACAUAUAUAUUCGAAUAAGUUCUAUCCUCUUUCAAUAAGCAAAACAGCCGUGGUGGUGUAGUGGUUCAACACACCCGUGGUCUUGACACGUGCGCAGUCAUUCGUUGUUACUCAACGCCGUGUCAGUCUAGAUCCGAGGAGGUCGGGGGUUCGAUUCCUUCCCAUGGUGCUUUUCUUUUUUCCUUUUUCCUUUUGUUAAGGUCCCGUCUUGUUUGGUUGGUCUCUUGUCGGCUAGAUGAUUCUUGGUUUCUCUCUUUCUUUUUGGUUGCGGGUUCGGAUUCCUACCCAUCGUGCUUAUUCUCUCUUUCUCACCCCAAGUCGACGUCAUCGUCGUUGGUUUUCCCGAAAGACGGAUCACGAGUUCGCCUAACUCUGCUCUCCAACCAAAACAUGAAAUGAAUGUUAUUUUUUUUUGUCCA